ACAAAUAAAAAGUCCAAAAGCUUCAUAAGGCUUUGCUUGCCCAUUACAUCUAGUAAGUCAACAAAUAGAUUGCAUACCCUUUCUUGGGUUACACUUAGGGUUGGAAACAGUGGAUCAGGAUUAAACUGCCAGUGUGAGAUCCCCCUUAUGUUGCAUCAUGUCUCCUCAGGUUGUGUAAACCAGGUCUAACUGCACUCUGGCCCCUUCCAGAUCGGGUCUCAAUUUGUUCACACUGAGUUUGGGCCGAUUCUCCAAUAUUUUGUGCCCAGUCUGAAACAGUAGACCUCUAGUACACACACGAGGGACUACAUCUCCCAGAAUGCCUUGAGCAGCAUCUGCUGGAGGAUCCUGGAUUAACAGCUAGAAGAUGGAUGGUUGCAUGGCGUGUUUCCUCUGUUACUGUGUGUAUCUCUGCAGUACAGGCUCCCCCCUGCACAAGUCGAAGCUUCAUGAGGAGUUUCAGUCAGAGAGGAAGACAUCCAGAGGGAGACCGCUGCGUCUGAUUGGCUGAUGACCCUUAAAAGGCCACCAAUCAGAUACCAUUCUCACUGUGACUGCGUGUGUUUCCCUCUCCGUCUCUGAAUGCACUGUGUCAGCCUGUGCAUAUUUUUAUGUUUGCAGCACUGCAUGCAUACAUGAGUGUGUGUGUGUGUGUGUGUGUGCAGGAUGGUAAAAUCAGGAUCUGUGAAGGAGGGGGAGGGGCAAGGAUUGAGACGCUGAAGAAAUAGAUGAAAAAAGAAAGAAAGAGGGAUAUACAAAAGAAACGACAAAGGGAGACCACAGAUGUGAAGGAGAGAGUGAUAGUGAAAGGCACACUGAGGAGAGAUAGACAGAGAGAGUGACGAGGAGGAGGAGGAGGAGGAGGAGGAAGCAACGAUCUGCUGGAGGAAACAGCAGCAUCGCUGAUUUUCAUAGGAACCAAGGCAACUGUCCUCUGUUGCCGUGACGAUGGGCUGCUGGCUCUCUGGACCGUGGAUGGGUGACCAAACGGUGAGUGGGCGGAGUCUAGCACACCUGAGCCAGCGGGAUGCUCUGCGGAUCCUAGCGGCCAGUCAGCGUCCAAUCACCAUGCAGAUCAAGGGUCAGAGGGGGUGUGGCACCGAGGCAGACAGGGGAACCUGGGAGCCCCUACCCCUCAACCUGCAGCACCUCAACCUGCCUCUACCACGAAUGGGGGCGGGACUUAACGCCUCCAGCCCCUCCUACCAGGACAGACAUUAUUACAACCAUCUGACUCUGCCACAAGAUCGUUGUGAUGGAGGACGGUACAGCUACCUGUCCAGCUCCCCACGUGACACUGUGGACGUCGGCCACCAGGAUCCAGAACUGACUGGUCGUGGGCUAAAGGGACAGAACUGCCUGAUGGGAUGCUGCAAUACAAACUUAGAAGAACCUAACGGCUGCCACAGUCAGACAGAUGACGAGGACUUCAUGCUGGAGAAGCCGAUGGGCUUCCUGCCCCUCCACCAUGAGCUGGACAGUGGACUGGGCUGGACUGAUGGCUCCCUCCACCAGGGUGACCUCUCAGGCCUGGAGACUGAGGAAGGAGGACUGGAGGAUUGUCAUUCACAUGGGGCCCUGGCUCCAGGGGGUUGCGGGGGCUUCGGAGGUGGCGGCUCUCCUUCCUCUGAGUCCUUUAUCUCCUCAGAGCUCAGUGACUCUGGCUUCUACAGCGUGAGCACCGGGGAGUUCAGGCACUUCCAGAGGCUGCUGGAGAAGCGAAUGCGGCUGUACAAUGCCAGGCUGCAACAUCAGGGAGAACCCUGUGAGAGGCGGGAGCGGCGUGACAGCUGCCCAAAGAGUCACCGCGAACAGCUGGAGGCCAUCCCUGAGGCCCUGACCAUGCAGCCUCAGUGUCAGCGUCUGCAGCUUGGGCUGGAGGAGGGUGCUGGGCCUGUCAUGGACCUCCCAACACGUGGACUUUUCAGGGUUUCAUCGGUCCAGUUCCAUAAAGCUGACCGGCCCUGUCUGAACCGUCACAGCUCCAGCAGUGGGGCCCUCUUUAACCCCUCCCACGCCCAUGCAGCAGUCUCACGAAUGACUGCCCCAGUCCUCUCCACCUGCAGCACACCCUCCAGCUACCGAAGACCGCUAGUACCCAUGCAGCAGCACCACCAGGGCUCCAGUUCAGUGGGGAUGCUGAGGAGAAGCCGAACGCUGCACCAUCGCCCUCCUCCGCAGGAGUACCGCCGCCGGGCCAGCCACCCGGCUUCCCCCUCCUACUGUGCAGAAACUCUGCACCACUGUGGAGGUGUCACGCCAUGUAAUGUCCUGCCGCCGGGCCUGCCAGAGGAAGGUGAGCUAGUGGCAGGUGUGAUGGCUUCCCACCCAGCAAGCCUGGCCCUCCCACCACAACAACACCCCACCACUUUGGGGCAUAUCAGGGGUGCCACCACCCAUGAGAGAUGCUACGACAACAGCUCUAAUGGACAGAUUGCUCACCAUGACUGGUGGCACUCACAAGAAAGACGCUUGAUGGCUGAGCCUAUGGUGACCGAAAGAGACAUAGAGAUCGAGAGGGAACUGGAACAAAAAAGGCAAAUGCAAAAGGAGAAAGAGCUGGAGAGGGAGGCACAGAUUCAGGAGGAGAUGGACAGAGAGAGGCAGCAGGAGCUGGUGAGGUGCCGAGCCAGAGAGCAGCAGCACCUCCAGAGUUUGGUUCACCCUUCUCAGGCUGGAGAUGUUAACGACACCUGGCCCAAACCGGCCAGCCGUCAGUGCCAGGGUGGCGGGGGAGGCAGAGGUCUCUACAGCACCCUGGAGGGCCACACAGGGGCUGGCUCUACCUCUGGAUGGGAUGCAAAGAAAGGACACAUCAAUGCGAGUUCAAGCCCUAAUCCCAGUUCCGGUCUGCAGCCAAAACUUGAUCUAAGCUCCAAACCCAACACAACCUCACGGAUCUCCAGGAGCCAGCUCCUCAGAGACCGGGCGUCUCAGCUGGCAGAUGAACGCAGCGGGAUGAGCACAGAUGAGGAGACCAAUACCGAUAUGUUGAUGGGUCGGUACUGGAGCCGAACGGAGAGAAGGGAACACUUCCUAUUGGCCCGCGAGCAGAGGCAACAGCUUAUGCAGGCCAGAGGAGUGACUAUAAGAGACACAAUCAGCAGGGGAGGAGCCAUCACAGGAGGAGGAGCCUCUAAUGGUGAUGGAGGUAAGCUGGACAGCAGAGGAAGCGGAGCUUUUGCAGAAGGACGGUGCAACACUGUCCUGGAGCUGAGUCAGAGGAAGCUGAGUCGUCUGAGGAACAGGAAGCUGUUGGAUGACUGGACGACUGUAGAGGAGCUGCUGACUCAUGGGACCAGGCUGGACAACCAGGAGGACAUAAUGUGUCCUAGCUCCCUGCUGACAGUCACCACCGUCUAACUGCAUAGACACCACGUCUAACUGUAACUCUGUGUGUGAGUGUGUGUGAUGUUAAGCUAACAAUACGACAUUUGUGGUCAAUCCUCUCGUGCUGUCUUUGCCAGCAGAUGUGAAAAGCAUGGAUAUCAGUUCCAUUUCUGUAUGUCCAGUACAGAGACAGUCUGGGACGAGUUUAAUCUAGUUUAGCACAAAGACUGGAAGCAAGGGGAAACUGCUAACCUAGAUGUCAUUUUCAUCUGCUCAUGUUCAUGCAGACACGUGUGGAUGUUUUUAUUUCACCCCUAAACUUAAGACUGCGCAGAGUGUACGCGCCUACAGCCCAGUGUGCACCAUUUGCCAGCUACCUUGCUGUCUGUGCUCCUCUUAGAGUAUUUUACAGACUUCAGAUAUCCACGUAUGAAGAUGACACUGAUAUCCAUCUUCUCAUAUGACUCUGGGAAAGACAGAGAACAUAAGGUUGUACAGAAAUGUCGCACUGUUCCUUUAAUGAAUGUGCGCAAGAGAGGGAACCUCACUGUUAUUGCUGUACAUCACCUCAACUGAUAGCUUUAUGUGUGGGUGUGUCACCAUUGUACAGCACUCCGAACGAAAUGUGUGUGUCAGUGCAUGACGCUUGUAAUGACACAUGACCGAACAAGGUCGGAUGAGCGUGUAUGUUUGUAUCACGUGUUUCAUGCUACAUCUUUGCUACACUUCUUUCACGGAAUCUUUGACAAAAUUACAAAAAAUUGGGUUUGGACUCAAAUCCUCCAACUGAACAUGAGAUUUCGGGGAGCAAUACUGUGUGAUGUACCUGGCUGUGCACUAACAAUAAAUCACAUACGUCUACUUUUACAUCAGGGCCACAGAACACAUCAACUGUAGUAGUGGAGACAAUGAAAACUGAGAUUUGAUACCAAAUCCUGAAUGGUUUUUAUAGAAACUCUGUUUACAAUUAAAAUAUCAAUCUGUGGGAGCUUUUGUAACUAAAAUGGUACUCAAAUGUUGAUCAGAGAUGGGGAACAAUGUGCCACGGUGGUUUUCGGAGGAUUCCGACAACAACUUUAAUAUGUAAAAUCAGCUGCUGUGUUUUGGGUGGAGUUUUGUGCCGUAUUUACGUUGUAUCAUGCAGACCGUAUUUACGUGCAUUUCAAUUAGACAACACAUUUACACCAAACUCCAAUUUGUAAUUCUGAGUUGGAGGUAUCAGGAAUUUCAGCUACGAUAUGUCCCACUUGGUGAAAAGAAGUGAAGAAAUGACAAACAAUGGUUGCAAAGUCACCACCACUGGCAGUCACAUCUAAAUAAGAUGGAUAAAAUUGAUUCAGAUAAUUAAAAAGAGCUAUACACUCUUACAAAUUGUGUUACAGACUUGUAAUACAAAUCUGUAAAAGCAUAUCAUAUUAGGUAAAAAAGGUAAUACGAUAUCAAUAAGUAAUUUAGACUUAAUCUCAAUGUAUCUGUUGUGGUUACAGUGCUAGCAGCAGACAAACAGCACGUGGCUGCCAAGCUGGGCAGCAGCAGGAGGCCGAUGAUCUAGUGAAUGUGCAAUUAUGUUUAUUGUGCUGCUGCAGCUGCUUCGCCUGCAACCAUUGCCGCCACAGACAUGCAGCUAAGGCAUCUACAACAAUUUAUGAGCAUGGGUAACGUGAAUUAUGCACCUCUUCACCUAGAAAAACUACAAAUAAAAUACAAAAAUGGUCUUUGACCAUCAGCUACAAAGUCUGAUUAUCUGGUCUGGACUACUCAACAAUGUUUAUGAUUUUAGUUAGCUGAACUCAAUUUUAAUUGUGUAAUUUUUUUAAACAUUAUUUAAUAAUAACGGGAGAUUCUUACUCUUCUGCUGACAAAAUUCUUGCCCUUCCUGGCUCAUGGCUCCCUGUUCCUGCCGUUAUCUUUACUGUUGGCAGGAUGUUUACAGAUCUACCAAACCAUGUAACAGCAUAUGCACGUUUAUUGAAAUCUACAGAGAUACGUUGACUUGGCGGAGACAAUUUUAAAGAAAAGAAGAUCCACCUCAAGUCGGGUGUACGUUAGGUUGUCUAGCCUGCUGCAGCGUCUGUACUGUCAGGACCAACACAGCUCAAGUCAGCAUUGUUGACAUUCCACUAAAAGCGAGUGUGAGUAAAUCUGAAAUCUACUGAUUCCAGGUCUGCAGUUCGGGAAAAUGUGCAAUAAUACCUCAAGCUAGUUUUAAUACAACAAUGACGGUGUUGCGUGCGCUACCUGUCAGGUUUCCAUCUAAUGCAUCAAAACUCAUUUUAAAUCAAACAGAUGCACAACAGUGACGAGUUACCACAAGUGCACCGUAGUCCUAGAAUCUAAAAUGGCAAGAGCAAAGGUUAUGUAGAUAUUUACAAUAUUUCUUUACAUUGUUUUCCAUGAGAGGGACCUAAGAAAACUACUUUUUGCACAUAAUUUUUUAUACAAAAUGUUUUCCCUACCUUUCUGUACCAGGGACUGAGGCCAGUGGAAUGACUGUAGAUAGAACGACAGUCUGUGUUGAUGUUUUAUUUAUGAACUAUCAUUGUAAUUUAUGGAGGAAAAAAUCAGUUCAUUGUCAUUGUGUUGGACAUAUUUCAAUAUUUUUCUUGUGAUGGUAUAACAAAACCAUGUGAACAGUUUAUAUGCUCUUUAAAAUAUACUUAAUUUACUUAAAAGCUGGUAAAUCUUUUAUUUACAAUUUUCAAAGAGUGAAUACAAAAUGUGAAUAUUAUUGUCUCUUUAAAUGGCUAAAUUGAAUUUUACUGUUGUUUUGUGUCAUUAUGACAUGUACAUAUUGAUUUUGUCAAGGUGCAGGUGAGGUUGGAGUUAGUAACAGGACAUGCUGAUGCCAUCAGACACCUCCAGUUUUAUCAUGUGAUUCUGUAGGUUUAUAGCUGUGUUAUGGAGGCUGUAUAUACAGCACAGAGAUUAACAUUGAAGUAUUAGUAUGUUUAACACUCACAAUAUUGUCAAAAUUCAUGGAAAGUUGUUCAGUUUGUUCUGAAUGUUAAAUGUGGCAUCCAUGAAUUAUGAGUAGGAUCACUGACACUCUGCUGCUUAAAGGAACACUGCAACAUUUUAGAUAAACCGUAUGAGUCUCUGUGCUCUCCAGAGUCAGAUGUUGCAGAUGGAUCAGUUUUAUCUCUGUGUCCAGGACAACUCCAAAGCUGUCCGAUUUAAAUGUUUAAUCUUAUUUAAAAGUUGUGGUUUUACAGGAUUUGUUUAGAUUAGUUGACACAAAGAGAAGCAGGGGAAGAUAUUAUUGUCCCUAGCCUACUCCAAAGCUGUCUGAUUUGCAUGAUCCUGUUAGCUAACAAGCUAGUCAUCAAUCCAACAUUUUACAAUGCCACAAGAGUCCAAAGUCCAAAAUGACAGAAGCUGAUUGAUAUACUUCCUCUCUGGCAGGAAAAAAAUUGCAACAGAAAAGGCCUUUUUCACAGAAGACAUUUUGAUGUCAUGUCACAGUAGGAAAAGCAGAGGUGUAAAUAAUUAAAUUAAUAAUGGUUGAAUUCCUUCCUGCUUUGGUUUCAGGGUCCUGGCAUGCUGGCUAACUCUCUUACUAAUAUCAUGGCUUACUGAGACACUUGAUUAGAGCAGAGCCGUUGUAAAAUUUCAUUUUUUACAUCUGUGCAUCUGUGCGUGUGUGUGUGUGUGUGGUAUGGAUAUUUUUUGUGUAAAUUCUUCUUACAUUCCAAUUUGUGAUCACCACCCUACAUUGACUUGGUUGUUUUCCAAGCAAGGAUAUAGUCGUCACUCAGCACAACACCAGACAUAUUUAAAAUACUGAACAAAUCAGGGAUGUGAGAGUGAAGUCUGGAAAUCAGGCUAAGCUGGGUGUAGUGACUGCAUGCACCACUUAAAAAGUUUUGUCCUUGUAGUGGGGUUGCCAGGCCUAAGCAACCGGUUUGUUUAAAUCAGACAGCUUUGGAGUUUUUCUCUUUUGAUCGACCUAGGCCAGCAGUUUCCCUAUGCUUCCGGUCUUUGUGCUUAGCUAAGCACAGUCUAUGUCUGUAUGGGAUGCACAGACAUGAAACUGAUACCCAUCUUCUCAUUUGACUCUUUAGAAGACGGAGGAAAAGAGGAUUUACAGAAAUCUCAAUCUGUUUGUUUAAAACACUUGGAAUCAGAAGAGGAAGACGUGGAAUCAAACCACCACCACCAUGUUGGUUUUCACGUUUUCCCUCUCUCUCGGCUGUGACUCAAACAGUCUGAAUAAUGGAUGACGAAGAAAGAUACCUCCCCCAUCACUUUCUUUGCUUACGUUACACAAGGGCACAGAGAGCUGAAAAUAGCGCUGCUGUCCUCGUGAUGCAAAAUUAAAAGCACACUGGAGCGGAGACACUUGCUGCUGGGGAACUCAACACUAAUUUUACUCCAUCUGACAAUCCCUCCAUCCAGCCUGCAACACCACCUCCAUCUGUCUGUGCAAGGGUACUUUUCACAACAGCAAGCUUUUUUGGAAUAUGAUGAUGUACAUGUGAUUGUAAUAAAGAGAUUUUAA